AUGGAUGAUGGCUAUCUUCUCAGAAAUAGCGAGUCACUCUAUUUUGCUCGUGUUGAUCCUGACCAUGCUAUAGUUUUAUUCAAUAUAUCGAAUGAAAAGGCCCAAAAGUGCAUACGAGAUGGGGAUUAUAUGGAAGCACUGCACAUGUUUAAGUUGGCACUGUCUUUCAAACUGCCUGACACACUGAAAUCUCUGAUACAUUUAGAAAUAGCAAAGUUGUUGGUUAUACUAAAAAACUACCAAGGAGCCAGAGAAGCAGCUUACAUUUCGAUUAAUUUCGAACCCAGCUUUGAGGCCUUAAAGUUAAUGUUUAACAUCAUUUUAAAAUCAGAAGGACCUAAUGUUGCUUUAAGCAACUGGCUGCAUUUUUAUAGGGAAUAUACUUCAAAUGAAGAAAUCAGCAUUUAUUCACUACAUGAAAUCGUUGUACUUAUAAUUAAUUACAAAGACCAACUGAAUAAACACAUUCUACAAUCAAUACAUACAAAACCUCCAAAAUUACAACUGGAAAAAGUCCUUGUUGAAUUAUCAGAAAGCAAUAAUUGGCUGGCAAUUGCUCAUCUAGUUUUAGGCUUAUUUCCUAAUGAAUCUGUCCUACCCGGUGCUGCUAAAAAUUGCAGAAUGACAGGAAUAUCUGUUGCAAAAUUGUUGAUUCAGUAUAAGGAUAAAGUCAAAUACUGGGUGGAUAGCCUUGCAGCAGCCAUCAUAGAGGGAGGUUCACCAGUUGAAGAAUUGUGGAUGAUUUGUAAGCAGCCGCCUCUGCAUACAGCAUCAGAAAUAGCUGUCAAAUCUGGUUUUUUUCAACUUUACACUGUGGUGGCCAAACUGUUCCAUCAGAAUGGUAGUUUAGAUGCAAAGAACCCUGAAGGAUUUACUGUGAUAAAAUAUCUUGAAGAGAAAGGUUAUCAAUCAAACACAAACUACAAAAAUAUCAUGGAGAUCAAUCAACAGAUCAGAGGCAAGCCUGAAGAUGAACAAAAUCAAGAAGGCAUGUUAACAAAAAAUGCCAAAACUGCCAUAGAUCAACACCGUUAUGAUGAUGCUCUGCAGUAUUAUUUCCAGAUUCUUUCAAUUUUAGAUGAGGCUAAUGUUGCAGGAAGAGCCAAAUACUUCAGAAACAUAUCUUUAGUUUAUUCCUACCAAAAGAGAUAUGACAAAUCCUUGGAAUUUGCUGAGAAAUGCUUGUCGAUAUUUCCAUCAUUUGGAAAGGCUUACUGGAGAAAAGCCCAAGUGUUGCAGGUUCUCAACAGACCCCAUCUCGCUUGUCAUACAUAUCUCACAGGACUUGCUUAUUCAGAAAAUCCGCUAGAAUUUCUCUCACAAGCAGUUAAACAGCUGGAAAAUAAUAUUCAACAGAAGAAACAUGAUUUCAAAGAAUGUCUGCCUUUGUUUCAAAAAGUGGAUCAAGUUUUGUGGAGUAAAUUCUUGGCUCAAGCCUCUAAAGAUGCUAAAUGGACAAGCAUAAAACUGGUUGUGAUUGGUCCUCCAAAUGGUGUCCCAUUAGCCAAUGAUUUUGAUGCUUCACAGAUUUCAUUAUCAACUCUGUUUGACACUCUUAAAAGUGAAGAAUCUUUGAGAAAGCCUUGUCACAUGAUGUUGCUAAAACUCCUGAAACAAGGAACUGAAAUACAAACUUUAUCUCAAAAUCCUGAUGAAAUAUUUCAUAUGCUGGUGAAGCUAGUUCUCUUAACACAGUCAUGUGAUGUGUUGGAGUAUGUCCUCAAAAGAAAUCCGUUGACACCAACCAAAGAAAAUGAGAUGCUUCUUCACACUGCUGUGAAACAUGGAAAUGUUUCAAGUGAAUUGUGUUUCAGAGUGGUUCAUCUUUUGUUGCAAAAAGGCAUAAACCCUAAAGCUACAGACAACUCUGGGAAAAAAGCUUUGGAUUACAUUUCAGAAAAGUUUACAAUGACAGGAGCCUUGCUCCAGAUAUAUACACCAAAUUUGGAACUUGACAGUAAUUUACUUAAAGAGAUUGGCAAUAAAUAUUUCAAGAACAAAAAAUAUGAAAUUGCCUGUUCUUACUACACAGUUGGUAUUGCCAUGUUGGGCCGCCAAAAAGAAAACUCGGACCUCAGUGCUCAUCUACAUGGCAAUCGAUGUGAAUGUUACAUAAAAAUGAAAGAAUAUUCCUAUGCAAAUAAGGAUGCCUCUUUUGCAGCUGAAAUGCGUCCCGACUGGUACAAAGUACACUAUCGAUUGAGUAAGAUUUAUCGACAUGUAAAUGAGGCAUUGGCUUAUGUUACUUUAUACAAAGCAUAUUCCUUACUGGAAGUUGACCCUGAAAACUCUCUAAGACAGGAUAUCGUCAGAGAAUUAUGCUGCCUGAAAAUCGAGGAAAAUCAAAUAAAUUUCAUUGAUAUGAAUUUUGAUGACCUGCUGAUUGCAUCUGCAAACUUUAUGAAGAAGAAAGAAUAUUUUUUUGCCAGAUAUAUCUUCAUCUACUUUUUGCAAGAUUGCCCUAUGCCAUGGAAGAUAAAGGAAAAUGUCUUUAAUAUUAGUUGUUUUUGUUCUGAGGAAGCAAUUUUGUCUAGCAAUGAUGUUUUCCAAGAAGCUCUCAUCGGUUUUCUCGCAUCAGGAGCUGACCUUCGAAACCUAUCUAUCUAUAAAGGAGAUACCUAUUUACAUGCUGCUUCAAUUAUGGCUUCUCGAUAUGGUUAUGGUCAAUUGCUGAUGUAUAUUCUUGAGAAGCGUACCAUAAGACUCUCAGAAAUUAACCUUAUUGAUAGCAGUGGCAAGACAGCGCUUUAUCGGAUAUUAAACGAACCACAUACUUUCUUAAAAGAUAGGGUGAUCCAGGUCCUCAUGGAGUAUGGAGCCCAGUCAAAAAACUUUCCAAAAAAUUUUCCUCCUGAGAAAGUCCUUUCAAAAAAUGACUACUUGACAAUCAAUGAUUCUCGUCAAACCUCUUCCAACAAGAAAAAUGCAAAAUCUGAACAAAUGAAUUCUUCAAAAUCACAGUCCACAACAAAGACUUCAGUUUUGGUUCCAAAGGCUGAUGCUGCCAGCAAGCCAUUGGAUCCUUGCACUGAAUGUCAAAAGAUCUACAAUAAUGCUCUUGAAAAGCAGAAAUUUGGUGCCGGUGUCAAGAUUUGUGAGAGCCUGGUUGAACUCUGCCGAUUGAAUCACAAAGGAAAGUUACAUGAACAAUGGGUCAGUAAAAGUAUUGAUCUUAUUGUUGAUCAGCUUGAACAUUCAGACAUAUUGGCUAUUCCAGCAUGUCUUCUUUCGCUGAAAGCCAGCCCGUUUUUAAAGAUAGUUCAGAAAUUGGCAUCAGCCAAGAAAUGGUUAUGUAUGCAUCAGGCUUUCGAAUCCUAUCGACAGAAAUAUGAAGGCAGAUAUUUGGGGAAUUUUGCCAGCUCAAUGACAGUCGCUGACUUUCUCAAUAGUAUUAAUUUUAAAGAAAAAGUUGAUACAUAUGGGAAAAUCCUUACCUGCCUUAUUAACAAUGGAGCCAUAAUUGGAAAAGAUCCCCAUCUGAAUAAGACUGCCUUGGAGGUUUGUAUUGCAAAUGGAGUCUAUCGUGCAAUCCUCAUACUUCUUAAGAAUGGAGUGGACCCAUCACUACUGACACUUUCGCCAGGUGACACACCCCUGCACGCAGCUGCUGAGAUAGCACUCCGUAAGGAUGUAGGUUAUUUUGAAUUGUUUGAAUAUCUCCUAAAACUGCAUGAUUCUGACCCAACGAAAUAUUCCUACCUGAAUAUGUCUUGUGUUGAUAAAUCUCAACAGACAUUGUUCCAUGUGGCAUGCCGAAUAAAGUAUAGCAAGAAUUCUCUGAAGCUGGUACAAAUCCUUAACAAACGAGGCCUUCCCUCAGAUGUGCCCGAUGCAGCUGGGAAAAUUCCCUACCAGUAUAUAUCACAAAAUGAAAGUGAUCGACGUAACAACUACUUGGUUCACAGCUCCGCUGAAACUGUCCCCACAAAAUGUGAGUCCAGUUCGAGGAACUCAACCCCGGAAUCUGGAAACAGUAUAGAUCCUAGUAAAAAAGCAAAACCUCAGAUAGAAAUGGUUAAAACUGAAAGGAAAAUGAAUAAAGAGGGUAUGAAAGCAUCCUUGAAAAAAAAGAUUGACAAUGUUCCUUACCACAAGUGUAGAGAGCUGCAUAUUUUGUCAUUUCAUAAGGAAAAUAAAAAUGUUGACAAUCGCAGCACCUCUGGAUUAAAAGAGGAAGCACAAAGUACUGAAGACUUGGAAGACUUAAGUGAAAAUGAAACGGACGAAAGGGAAGAGAUUGACCUUUUGAAUAGCAAUGCAUUUGAAAAAUUAGAAUGGGAAGUUGAAUGUACAUCCAAUGUAUGGAAGACAUUACAUGACAAAAACCUCCCUUACAAGAGGCGGAAACAAGCUGUCUAUAAAAUUCAGCAACUGGCAAGUGGAAACUGGCACCGUACUUGUUACAAGAAAGUCAAGGAUAUGCCUCAGACACUAAAGCUAUUCACCAUAAAGCUUUCUCGGACAUCCCGCAUUGUCUGGGAACUUGCGAUUGCUUUCUCUCCCAGAUGUAGUGAUAUGAAACGAGUUUUGGAUGGUAAUUCUGGUUUGGAGUCAGGUCAGAUCUAUUCAGAAGUAAUUCGAGUGUGGGCUGUUGUCUUUGACAUGAAGAAUUUGAAACAUGUGGUGGCUCAGAUUGUUAAAUCUCAUGAGAGGGGAGAGAGUUGUCUUGUGCAAAAACAGCUGGAAAGUGUCAAUGAUGGACAAGACUGUUUAAAGGAUGACACAAAGCGCUUACCUCGCUUGUUUGCUGAAAGCCAGCUUGAUAAGAAUCGGCUUGACCUGCAGCAUUUUUGCCCUCCAGCAAGCGACAGAGACGAUGAGUAUCACAUCAUCAAGUUCUACUCUUUCUCGACUGCUAUUGUUUCCAGUAUGCUACAGAUGGACCAUUCUCGAAAUGUCGACUUUCCAUUCCAGGUAACGGAGCUGGAAUACCGUAUCAUAAACCUCAGCUCAAAAGCUCCAAUUAUUCUUCUUGGUCGCAGUGGCACAGGGAAAACCACUUGUUGUCUUUAUAGACUUUGGAUGAACUUUGUGAAUUACUGGAGUAAAGUAACAUUGAUUGAUGAUCCAAUUUAUCCAAACAAUUUUGUUGGGAUGAGACGGCCAGAAGAUUGUGAACAGCAUGAAAGAGAUGAAGAUGAAAAGAAAGCUGAACAUGAAGCUACAGAAAAUCAAACCAAAGAACUUCCUUUAGAGAAUGAAGCCAAUUUGGACACUGCUGGUUGCUCCGAUGUCAAUAGAAAUCGUCCAGCAUUUGUUCAUUUGCGCCAGUUGUUUGUCACAAAAAACGGUGUCUUGUGCAAUGAAGUUCUCAAGAAUUUUCGGGAACUGAGUCAUGGCUCUGAAGUGACAAACAAAUACAUGGGUGUUGAAGAACCCAUCCUCCCACCUACAUUCCAGGAGAUAACCAAUCAACAUUUCCCACUUUUCCUGACUUCCAAGAAACUGUGGCUUAUUUUGGAUGCAUCUCUCAACCCACCAUACUUCUUCCCGCGCAACGCAGACAACAGCCUAAAAUCCAAAGUUAUGGGCUGGUCAGAUGAGGACCAUCUUGCUUUCCUUCCAAAUCUUGACGACGACGAUGAAAAUGAAGAUAGUUCAUUUGCUCUUCCAUAUGAUUUCCUAGCACAGCAAAAUAAAGUCACAUACCAAAGACGAGAAGUGACUUAUGAAAUUUUUCUUCAACUCUGGCCAGAAAUUAACAAACCUGCAUCUGGAUAUCACCCAAGUUUGGUUUGGAUAGAGAUAAUCUCUUUCAUUAAAGGAUCUUUUGAAGCAUUGAACACCAAAAAUGGAUAUCUUUCCGAAGAGCAGUAUAUCAGCAUUGGACGGAAACGGGCUCCCAAUUUCACUGGAGAAAGAGACAAGGUGUACCAAUUGUUCUGGAAAUAUCACCAGAAAAAGAGACAGAAAAAAAUGUUUGAUGAAUGUGAUGUGGUUUUUAAUUUAUGCAAAAGACUGCAGGAAGAAACGCAGUUUCCAUGCCCUCUUCACGAGAUCUAUGUGGAUGAAACCCAGGAUUUCACACAAGCUGAACUCUGUCUCCUUAUCCAAUUGUCUGAGAACCCCAACCAGAUGUUUCUUACUGGUGACACAGCACAGAAUAUCAUGCGGGGUGUUUCGUUCCGAUUCAGUGACUUAAAAUCCCUCUUCUUUUAUGCUAAAGAGCAAUCUGCUUCAUCCAAGAGAUCCCAAGCUAUUCACUGUCCAAAAUCUUUAUAUAAAUUGCCCCAUAACUACAGAUCCCAUCAAGGCAUCCUGAAGUUGGCAUCAAGUGUUAUUGACAUUCUAUUCAGGUAUUUUUCUGAUUCUUUUGAUCCAAUGCAAAAAGACCAAGGUUUGUUUGAUGGUCCCAAACCAAAACUCUUAGAGUUCUGCAGUCUUGAAAAUUUGGCAAUGCUGUUGAGAAGAGACAAGCAACAAGCAUCCAACAUUGAAUUUGGUGCUCAUCAGGCAAUUCUUGUUGUUAAUAAUGAGAGCCGUGAGAAACUUCCUGAAGUAUUAUCAACUGGACUUGUUCUGACAAUAUUUGAAGCAAAAGGUCUUGAGUUUGAUGAUGUCUUACUCUACAAUUUCUUCCAAGAUUCACAGGCUUCUAAAGAAUGGCGGGUGGUGACAGAAUUCCUGCAAGAAUUGGUGAAAAGUCAGACAAAGGACCAAUCAAAUAACCAAGAAAAUCUUCUCGAAAUUGACAUGGAUGUGCUCCAAGAGGCAAAUAGACCACGCCCACUUGCAUUCAACUCCAACCUACAUAAAAUUCUUAAUUCGGAGUUAAAGCUCCUCUAUACUGCACUGACAAGAGCUAGAGUGAAUCUUUGGAUCUUUGAUGCAGAUGAAACAAACAGGGCACCAAUGUUUGACUAUUUCAAGACAUUGAAAUUAGUACAACCAAUCAAUACUCACAAUCUGAAAGAAAAAGGUUUUUAUCCUUUUCCUUUUUUUCUUUUUUUUCCCACUACCUUCUUUCUUCCUUUUUGUGUGUGUUUUUCCUUCUCUUGUUUUGUGUUUUUCCUUCUCUUGUUUUGUGUUUUUCCUUCUCUUGUUUUGUGUUUUUCCUUCUCUUGUUUUGUGUUUUUUUUUCCUUCCCUUUUUUCUGUUUUUUUUUCCUUCCCUUUUUUCUGUUUUUUUUCCUUCCCUUUUUUCUGUUUUUUUUUCCUUCCCUUUUUUCUGUUUUUUUUUUCCUUCCCUUUUUUCUGUUUUUUUUUUCCUUCCUUUUUUCUGUUUUUUUUUUUUCCUUCCCUUUUUUCUGUUUUUUUUUCCUUCCCUUUUUUCUGUUUUUUUUUUCCUUCCCUUUUUUCUGUUUUUUUUUUCCUUCCCUUUUUUCUGUUUUUUUUUUCCUUCCCUUUUUUCUGUUUUUUUUUUCCUUCCCUUUUUUCUGUUUUUUUUCCUUCCCUUUUUUUCCUUCCCUUUUUUCCUUCCCCUUUUUUUCCUUUUUUUCCUUCUCUUUUUCUGUUUUUUUUUCCCUUUUUUUCCUUCCCUUUUUUUGUUUUUUUCCUCCGUAGAUCCCUGUUUGAAAUUGCUGCUAAAUGCUAUCAUCAUGGAGGCUAUGUGCAGCAGGAAAAAACAGCACUGGCCAAUCACCAGGCACUGACAGCUCAACGUUGCUCUGACCCACAUAGAAAGAAAGAACAUUACUUACAGGCUGCCCAAUUGUACAUAGAAUGUCAUCAACACAUCAAAGCGGCAAAGUGCCUCGGCUGUGCUAAAGAAAAAUUAUUUAGCGCAGAGCUAUUUGAAAAAUGUCAAGAAUAUGACAUUGCUGGUAGAAUUUACUUGUCUCUGGAAAUGCCUCACAAAGCAAGUCAUUGUUAUGAGAUCCUGCAACAAUUUGACAAAACUGUGGAUAUUUUGCAUGACAACAAGAUGUAUGACCAUGCUAUAGAUGCCAUCCAACGAUACAACAAUCUUGUUGAGUCCUAUGAUAAGAAAGGUGAAGAAGUGCCUGAAAUUCUCCUUAAUCACAAACCCCAGAAAGACAUCAAUUAUCUCUGCUACCAGUCAGCAAAUUCACAUUAUAAGAACAGAAAUUUUGACCAAAUGAAAAUUGUUCUUCACCAAUUGCCUUCAGCUGAAAAGAUGGAAUUUCUGGAGAAAAACGGAUUGAUUAACUUAGCAGCAGACAUGUUGUUUGAAGAAGGGCUACUUGAACAAUCUAUCCAAUUAUUGAGGCGUAACGGAAAGUAUGAAAAGUGUAUUCAAUUGGCUCGGAGUGGAACUGAUGAGGUGUUGGCCAACUGUCUCUACACCUUUGCCCAGUACAAGUAUGUUCAGUUGAAGCAGCUAGAUGAAGAUAGUGAUUUAUCUGUGUUAAAAAAUGAGACGACACUUCUACUCGAAGAAGCAAAAGCUUGUUACCAAAGAAAGGCAGACAUGAAUGGCUAUGGCUUGUGUUUGCUUUUAUUGAGUAUGAUGAACAAAGACAAAGAAAAUGCUGCAGAAGCGUUGACCAAAUUCCUGUUGAUUAGUCCCCGUCCAAAUGUAGCAGGUUGCUUACAGUCAGCUGUUGUCCUCAUAGAAUUCUUGCAAUUUGACGAAAACUCUUAUAACUGUCAAUUUAGAGAUCCCCGUCCAACAAACACUUUUACUUCUUUGGAAUUUGACAGCAAAGGAAUUGACGAAAGACAAUAUGACAACACUGGUGAAUAUGAUAUUGACGAUGAGACCGAUGAAUAUGGCUUCACUGAAACUGAACAGUACCAAGCGAGGCAGUUUUCUGAAAAACUUAAAGCUGUCAGCAUCAUAUCACGGGCAUAUCUUGCCUAUAAAUUUCGCUGUGCGUGUAGUCAACUAGCUUAUAAAUUGUCUAAAUACAUUGCUGGAGAGUCAGAGAUGGACUAUUUCUCGGACAUAAAACUCAGUGAGGCAGGCUGCAAUAUUUGUGGUCUUUCUUUUGAAACUGUAUUAGCUCCAGAAAUGCUUCUGGAUGCCUCAAUGACAGAGAAGGAACUUACUGACAACACUGGAGAGGACACCACAAAAAAGUCUAAAAUGGCACAGCACAAAGAGAAAUCGGAUCAUGUUUCAAAAGAAAUCCAAUUCAGACGCUGUAUCAAAAAACAUCGGCAAGAAUUUAUACCAGUUGUAAAGAAAACACAUGAGCUUCUCUCAACGUAUGAACAAAAGGAUCUCAAUGAAGAACUUGAAUACCAUUUCAAAAAACUUAACAAUUGUGCAAAUGAACUGGAUCAGAUGACAAUCAAAAUGUGUAAAGAGGCAUCAUGGAAUAAGUUACCACUUUCAAAACUGGAUGAACUGAAAGGUAAUUUGGCAACAACUGAAAAAGUAUCAAAAACACAGAUAGCAAGAGUAGCCCGGGAUAAAGUACUACCUGAAGUUUUGGAAGAGGAUGAAACAGAUGAUUUGGUUGACACACAAGACCCAAGACAAAUUCAAACCAAAAUCUACAAAAAGAAAAAUUAG